GUCUCUCUCUCUCUAACACUUAGUUUUCCUCGACUCAUUUUUUCUCGCUCUCAGUCUGUCUGUCUGGGUCUCCCUGUUCUUGUCUCUCGAGCUUCACUCUCUCUUCACCUCUGCAAAAGGGAGACAAAUGGGCUUCGCUUCCUUUCUGGGUCGUCUCCUCUUUGCUUCCCUCUUCAUCCUCUCCGCAUGGCAGAUGUAUGUUGAAUUUGAUGCCAAUGGUGGACCCAUUGCUAAGGAGUUGAUUCCCAAGCUCACUGUUCUAAAGAAAAAUUUGUCCUCCAAAUUGGGGGUAGGGCUACCAGAUAUUGAUGAACAGCAUUUUGUUGCAACUAUCAUAUUUCUAAAGGGGCUUGGAGGGAUUCUAUUUGUGUUUGGCAGCACACUUGGAGCUUUUUUCUUGGUACCAUCGGUAAGAGUUCAACACGGUGACACGAAGGUUGCCCAAAUCGGAGGAGAGUUCAGAGCACAUGUAACCCUUUUCCAAAGUAACACUCAGUUUAUGUGAUUGAUCAAGCUUGCCUGAUCACUAUCUUGUAAACUCAACCAAUCAACAAGUAACAUUGGAUAAUAGCAUAAAGAAGUGAAAAUGUAGUACAGACUACAGACAACAUCUACACUAGUAUUUCUCCAUAAGAAAUAUUAAUUUUAUCUCAA